GGCCGCGCUAAUACACUGCGUUGCGGGGCGGCGCCUACGCUGUUUGUCUUCUCGCAGGCGGAGCACGGCGAGGGUGGCCGCGAUGAGCUGGGAGUUGCUGCUCUGGCUGCUGGCGCUGUGUGCGCUCCUGGCACUCGUGGUGCAGCUGCUGCGCUUCCUGCGAGCGGAUGGCGACCUGACCCUGUUGUGGGCCGAGUGGCAGGGGCGACGCCCAGAAUGGGAGCUGACCGAUAUGGUGGUAUGGGUCACUGGCGCAUCGAGUGGGAUUGGUGAGGAGCUGGCUUACCAGCUGUCUAAACUAGGAGUCUCCCUUGUGCUGUCAGCCAGAAGAAUGCAGGAACUGGAAAGGGUGAAGAGAAGGUGCCUCGAGAAUGGCAAUUUAAAAGACAAAGAUAUACUCAUUUUGCCACUUGACCUGACUGACAGAAGUUCCCAUGAGGCGGCUACCAAAGCAGUCCUCCAGGAGUUUGGUAAAAUCGACAUUCUGGUCAACAAUGCUGGAAGAUCUCAGCGUUCUUUGUGUGUGGACACCAGCCUGGAUGUCUACAAGGAGCUAAUAGAGCUUAACUACUUGGGGACGUUAUCCUUGACAAUGUGUGUUCUGCCUCACAUGAUCGAGAGGAAGCAAGGAAAGAUUGUUACUGUGAAUAGCCUCCUGGGUAUCAUAUCUGCACCCCUUUCUAGUGGAUAUUGUGCCAGCAAACAUGCUCUCCGGGGUUUUUUUAAUUGCCUCCGAACUGAACUUGCUACUUACCCAGGUAUAGUAGUUUCUAAUAUUUGUCCAGGACCUGUGCAAUCAGAUAUUGUGAAGAAUGCCCUGUAUAAAGAAGUUGACAAGUCUGUAGGCAUUGAUGUAGCCCAGCCCCACAAGAUGGCGACCAGUCGGUGUGCGCGGCUGAUGUUAAUCAGCAUGGCAAAUGAUUUAAAAGAAGUUUGGAUUGCGGAUCACCCUUUUUUAUUAGUAGCAUAUUUGUGGCAGUAUAUGCCAACCUGGGCCUGGUGGCUGACCAACAUACUAGGGAAGAAAAGAAUUGAGAACUUUAAGAAGGGUUUGGUAAGACCAAUUUAUACAAUUUUUAAUAUAUAUCAGUCUUGUAGAAAGUGUGAAAUUUUUGAGUGCUUGAAAACUUUUCUUAAUUACUCCCAUCAACUUCAUGACAUAAAUACAAAAGAUAUAAAAAAAAAAAAAGAUGUAUGUAUCCCCCAUGCGUAUCUGUUGGUUUACUAUAAAUUGCUACUGGUCUUAGAGAAAGAUGUUUCUAAAGGUAAAAUAAAAUCAGAGACUGUCAUUUUAUCUUCUGUACUUUUUGAAUGA